UUUUGAAAAUCGUUGAUUUAAAUAUAAUUCCUUAUGGAAAUGCAAUAAGAAAUAAAGAAAAUAACUUGAUAUAAUGUUAACAUGGAGAAAAUGAAUGUUUAGCAAAUUUAAAUGAAGCUUGCAUAAAUAAGCAUUUGGCUUUUGAUAAAUUGUCAAAUCUUAAAUUAAUUAAUUGUUUAGAAGUAAAUAUUAAAACUAAUCAUAGAUUAUUUGAUUAAUCUUUUAUUUAAAAAUGUGGAGAUGAGUUAAAUAUUGAACCAUAAUAUUUAUAAAAUAUUUAAGAAUGUGCUAAUUCUUAGGAAGGUGUUGAUUAAUAUUUGAAAAUGGCUGAAUUAACUGAAAGACUUUCUCCUUCAAAUGAAUAUGUGCCUUGGAUCGUUGUUGAUGGAGUACAUGAUGAAUAAUUCGAAGAAUAAGUUAUCUAAAAUAUGGUUUAGUUUGUAUGCUAAAGAUAUGAUGGUGAUAUAAAUGUGGAAGCAUGUCAUUAAUUUAAAUAGUAAAAAUAUAACUCUUUUUUAAGUUUAUAAUUAAAAGGAAAAAAAUGA